AUUACUCUCUCACACAGCUUGCAAGCGUAUCCAUUCUUUUCACAGUCUGCAUCGUACUCCUCAUUGGUAGCAAGCAAGUAUGUGGUGGCAACCAUCAGCCUCCUUCGCAUGCGGCUGGGAUUGCACCACCGCGGGGCAGCGAGUGUGCGUCUUAGUGACAAAAACCGUUGUCGUCCACCAACGCCCUUGAAACGCCACACUCAACGGCCGUACCACUCCGCAGGUGACCGGAACCCCACCAUGCCAGUUUCCCUCCCCUCCUUGCAUACCCUCUACAAAGGCCGGGAGCGGGAGUAGAGAAAACACACACUAUGUAAUCAUGACUCUUUUCCCAGCUGCUGAGGGCCCAUCUAGUGCAUAACCAGCAAAGAAGAAGUAUGUCACCGAGGGGGGACGUGGCGGGCAUCACGAGAUGAAUACGGACGCAUUUCUUCUUCUUCCUGCCCGCCCAGUCCAUCCCCGGGAUACCCAGCUACUGAACACGAACAUCACAGCCCCCUCCAUCACAACAGCCACCUCGCCCUGGAAAAUACCAGCCACAUACACACCCCACCCACCGCGCCCAACAAACAAACUCAUAGCCCCUCAACACACAAAGUCUCGUAUGCAAAGACGAAGUCGACGCAAGCAUGACUCCAUGCAAGUCACCUCGCCCCCCGGGAGGUUGGGUCCGCCCAUGCAGAAACGUAUCCUCUCCCCCUACCGUUACGCUGGGAAUACGCGACAUCGCUGAACAAGUAAAGUCCCGCCGUUGAUGAGCCGCGAAAAGCAAGUGUGGGAGAAAGGGGGAGGUGGCUGUGUUUGGUAGAUGGAGGUAAGAUGCGGAUUUUGUCGGUGAGUACGCGUUGGCAAAGGGGGAUGCGAGUCUUCGC